UCAGGCCUCGGGGCGGGGCCCGGGAGGCGGGGUCUGGGGCGGGAUAAAUGCAGGGGAGACAUCAGCCCCUCAGUUUCCGCCAGUUGCGGCUGUUGUUCCCCACCGACUGUGGUCCACCGAGGUCAUGUUGCCCAACACCGGGAAGCUAGCAGGAUGUACAAUUUUUAUAACAGGUGCCAGCCGUGGCAUUGGCAAAGCUAUUGCAUUGAAAGCAGCAAAGGAUGGAGCAAAUGUUGUCAUUGCCGCAAAGACAACCCAGGCACACCCCAAACUUCCAGGCACAAUCUAUACUGCUGCUGAAGAAAUCAAAGCAGCUGGAGGAAAGGCCUUGCCAUGUGUUGUUGACGUGAGAGAUGAACAGCAAAUCAACAAUGCAGUGGAGAAAGCAGUUGAGAAAUUUGGAGGAAUUGAUAUUUUGGUGAAUAAUGCCAGUGCUAUUAGCUUGACCAACACGUUGGAAACACCUACGAAGAGAGUGGACUUGAUGAUGAAUGUCAACACCAGAGGCACCUACCUUACAUCCAAAGCAUGUAUUCCUUAUUUGAAAAACAGUAAAAUUGCACAUAUCCUCAACCUCAGCCCACCCCUGAACCUAAAUCCACUGUGGUUCAAACAGCACUGUGCUUAUACCAUUGCUAAGUAUGGUAUGUCUAUGUGUGUGCUUGGAAUGGCAGAAGAAUUUAAAGGUGAAAUUGCAGUCAAUGCACUGUGGCCUAAAACAGCCAUACACACUGCUGCUAUGGAUAUGCUGGGAGGAUCUGGUAUCAAAAGACAAUGCAGAAAAGUUGAUAUCAUUGCAGAUGCCGCAUACUGCAUUUUCAAAAAGCCAAAAAGUUUUACUGGCAACUUUAUUAUUGAUGAAAAUAUCUUAAAAGAAGAAGGAAUAAAAAAUUUUGAUGUCUACGCCAUUGCACCAGGCCAUCCUUUGAUACCAGAUUUCUUCUUGGAUGAACAGCCAGAUACUACUAAGAAAAUGGAAUCACAUGGUGCUAUUCCAGAAUUGAAAGAAGAGACGCUGCAGCCACCACCAAAACCACGUUCUGGAGCUGUGGAAGAAACGUUCAGAAUUGUUAAGGACUCUCUCAGCGAUGACGUCGUUAAAGCCACACAAGCAGUCUAUCAGUUUGAACUCUCAGGUGAAGAUGGUGGAACAUGGUUUCUUGAUCUUAAAAGCAAGGGUGGGAACGUCGGAUAUGGAGAGCCCUCUGAUCAGGCAGAUGUGGUGAUGAGUAUGUCUACUGACGAUUUUGUAAAAAUGUUUUCAGGGAAACUAAAACCAACAAUGGCAUUCAUGUCAGGAAAAUUGAAGGUAAAAGGAAACAUGGCCCUAGCAAUCAAAUUGGAGAAGCUAAUGAAUCAGAUGAAUGCCAAGCUGUGAAGAAAGAGAAAAAAAAAGUUGACCACUAAGCUCAAAAAGUAAAGGGUUCAACAGAUAAAAUCGAAUGUUUGUUUUCUUCCCUAUUAUAAGGAUAUGAAUGUUUGUCCUGGAAAAAAUAGAAUUUCUGUAUCUAUAAGACUUGAAAUUGUAAUUAAAACAGCUAGCCAGUCAAGCAUAAGUGUCAUUAAGUGGAUUCUAAGACAUUCUGUUUUUAAAUUUUGUGAGUUUUGUCCUGUAUCUCAUUCGGCAUCAUCUUCUAGGAAAAGUAUUGUCAGUCAAUCAGGGUCAAACAGUAACAUUAACUUUUCAAAUCUUCCCAUGUAAAAUGAGGCUAGCCUGUAUUAAAAUUUUCAGUGUUGGAUUGUACGCUAGUGAAAUCUUUAUGAUACUUUAAAUUUUUAUAUAUUUGUUUUAAAGAAGAUCUUCAAUGAUGCAUUUUCACAGAAAGCACAUAAUAAACUGCUCAAUAAACAACUGUUUGUGAAGACAAUUAAAUAAAAACAGAGUUUUUCAUUUAACUAUCUUUCCAGGUAUAAGUUACUUACAGGAAAAUAUUAUUAAUUUAAUUCAACUAAUUGCAGUAUGUAUCCUAUUUUAAAGUAUGUGAAAAUGUCCUAAAAUAAUUUCUCCCCAAAAGUAUGCAAUUGGUCACAGUGUUUUGAAAUGAAAAUUUUAAAACAGAUGGUUGUUAUGGGCUGAAUUGUAUGCCUCCUUCAUAUGUUGAAGACCUAACCCCCAAAAUCUCAGAAUGUGACUGUAUUUGGAGAUAAGGCCUUUAAAGAGGCCGUUAACUUAAACCAGGCUUUUAGGGUGGACCUUAAUCCAGUAUGGCUGACAUCCUUAUAAGAAGAGGAAAUCUGGAUACAAAAGAGAGACCAAGGGUGCGCACACACAGGAAUGACCACGUGAGUACCAGCUCAAGAAGGCAGUCAUCUGCUAGCCAAGGAAAGAGGCCUCAGAAGAAACCAGAUCUACUGACACCUUCAUCUUAGACUCUUCUCCAGAACUGUAAGAAAUUUCUCUUGCUCUAGCCACCCAGUCUGUGGUAUUUUGUUAUGGCAGUCCUAGCAAAGUAAUGAAAUAAUUUGUUUGUAUUUCUUUAAAAAAAAAAAAAAGCUAGAGUUAUUUUUGAAAAACCACUACCUUUCAUUUUAAUCAGUUAGAAAUACUUGCUCGGUCAAGUUCUUUUACUUCUCAUCUUCCACUCUCCAAUAUUGUACAGUUAAGCAACUAGCUAAUUCUGAAACUUUGUAUAACCAUAAUGUUAGGAGCACUUAAUCCGUACUUUGUAAAUGAGGAAACAGAAGAUCAGAGAUGGGAAAGGAGUAGCCCAAGGCCAAAACUAACAAGCCCAUUCCAAAAACCCCUCCCAGUACACUGGCCUUGCGUAGAACUUGAAGACCCCACCUUCCCCUCCAUGAAGCCCAGAUGGAUUGACCUUGGGGUGGCAUCCUCACAACUCCCUUGGCAUCUCCCAGUUCUUUCCAGCCAUGUUAGGAUCCUGGUCAGAUUUUGACAGCAGACUCCUUUUCUACUGAAGUUUUCUAAAGAUUUCUCUCCUUUCUCUGCUUUUUCCACACGGUUUCAAAGCUUUGGGAAAAUAUUGUGAGGCAGGAGUUCUGGGUUUUUGUCACUAAAACAUGAACUUGCUAAUUUAAAAAAGGCUUUAGGAUAACAGAAAAAAAAUCUUUCCACAGGGCCCUGGUUUUCACAUCAGUAAUCGACAGAGUUGGAUGAGGUCAUCUGCAGCCUCUUUGUGCUCAUUAUCACUAAGAAGUACUGAGCAAUCUGCACUAUUCUAGCAGACAUUUCUAAAGCUUUCUUUCUGGCCACAUCCCCCAGUUGUCUUAACUAAUUCACAUGUGUUCCCUUUUCUUAGAUCUUACCCGUUAACUGCACUGAGGUUGUGGAGUCUCCCAGAAGUUCUGAAGUGCCCUUUUGUGUGUUGUUCAGUAUCCAGCUGAGCCCUGUUUCUGAAAUGAAAUUGUAUGGAGGGAAGUCAUGCUAUUGUGCCCUUUAGUGUUUGAGUGAAGUUAUUCAGACAUUUUUUAAGAUGGUUUGUUGUAGUAAUCCUGUAUUUCAACAAAUCCUCUUAAAAUAUUGCUUCUUAAAUAAUCCUCAAAUAAAAGAAAAAAAAAGUCUUUUUCCUCUACCUAUCUUAAGUUCUCAGUUUGGACCCUGUAAAUUAGACUAACAAAAGAUAGAUUAACAAGAGGAAAACAAACAGAAGUUUAUUAACAUGUAAGCAUUCAGACACAAGUAACAAAGGGGUGGUUAGAACUUGAGCUUAUGUAGCAAUAAUAAAUUUUUUGCAAAGUAACAAGACAGAAGAAGAACUUUGAGUUUCUAGGAUGGCAAAUUGUAGAAAGAAAAAUACAUAGAUUGUUUAGUAAGAGUGUAUUAAGUUUUGUAAGGAACUGCCAAAUUGUCUUCCAAAGUAGCUGUACCAUUUUGUAUUUCCACCAGCAAUGAAUGAGUGUUCCUGUUGCUCCACAACCUUGUCAGCACUUGGUAUUGUCAGUUUGGGGGAUUUUGGUCACUGUAACUGGUGUGUAGUGGUAUCUCAUUGUUGCUUUAAUUUGCAAUUCCCUCAUGAUGUAUGAUGUUGAACAUACCUUCAUAUGCUUAAUUCCUUCUAUAUCUUAUUUACUGAGAUGUUGUUCAGAUCGUUCGCCUAUUUUUUAAAAAAUUGAUGUUACAGUGUGUCAAUUUCUGGUGUACAGCAUAAUGUCCCAGUCAUGUAUAUAUACAUAUAUUCAUUUUCACAUUCUUUUUCAUUAAAGGUUAUUAAAAGAUAACUGAAUAUAGUU